GUGAGCGGAGCACUGGGAAGCUGCUGCCGCCGAGCAGGGGUCUGUCCCGGGCUGAGUCUCCACGAUGAGCCGGGCUCCUCACCACGACCACCCGCUGACCAGGCGCUCGGUGACAUUUUGCACGGGGAGUAUUUCUUCUUGACACCCUCCCUCCUGAAGGACGAAUGACAGCGGCUCUUCCCGUGAUUUCAUCCCGCUAAAAGCUCCGGCGAGGACCGACAGCUUCCUCAUGGCGUCCCCUCAGCAGUCCCGGAUCCAGUCGUACCUGGAGAGGAACAGGAUCGGACCCUUGUUCGAGGAGUUGAUGGCCAAAUUGAUAACUGAGACCCCAGACCAUCCAAUCCCUUUUCUCAUUGAUCACCUGCAGACCAAGCAAGGCAGCCCCGGCAAGCUGCACCGAGCCCUCUCUGGCUCCGCAGCAUUGUGGGCACAGGGCUCUCCAGAAAGCAAAAACCCUCGAAGGGAGUACAGCAGCUACGAGAAGCCGUGGCAAAUUCACCCAAAGAAACCCAAGAAAUCCAAGAGCGACCUGGCCAUGUCGAGUAUCUCCCCUCCUUCACCAGAAUCAAAGUCUCUGCCGCGGUCAGUCGAGUGCCCCGCCUGGGACUGGAGGGAGAGUCGGGACUUUGACGAGCUCAGCCACAUUUUGCAGGAGAGCAAGAAGCUUGGCAAGGCCCUGGAGAGCCUGUCCCGCAGCAUUGCCAUCUCUGAUGAGCUUGACCAGAACUUGGGAGGUUAUAACUCAGUGUUGCGCCCUCGUGUGGUGGGGGAGUGGGUUGGUCGAGAGGAAGAGGACGCAGACCCACUUGCUGCGGAAAUGCUGCACCCCCCUGUCCCUCGGACCAAAACUGAAGUUUGCUGGAGUGGAGACAGCAGUCCUGCUGGGAGCCUCAAGAUGGAAACAAAGAGCAAAGGGCUGAAGGAGCAGCAGCAGCACCAUAAGAAGCUCCUGGCAGCCAUGUUGUCCCAGGACUCGUUUGACUCGGUCCACAGUCCGGCCCCCUCUGUUGCAGAGGAGGAGAUGGAGGAUGAGGACGAUGCCAUGGAGCUUCUGGAGGACCUGGAUGACCUGAGGAUGGAGGGCGUGACGGGCUUGGCUCCAUCCGGCAGUAAAUUCAGCCAGGGACGCAGCUCCUAUCAGGCCGAGCCGCAGGCCAAAGUUACACUCAACAUUUGCUCUAGGUGUGCCAGGCUGCAGGGGGACAGUCUAUCGGACAGCCGAUCUGAAGAGGAGCACAGGACUCGCAUAUCGGAACAAGCUGUACCUGACAUCUCCUCUCCAUUGCCCGGUCUGGACACGGCGGCGGGACGGUUGCAGGAAUGCGAGGCCGCGUCUCAAGUGUCAGGCUCUCGUCAGGCUGUCUGGGAGGCUGAUCAGAAGGCUGUGAGAGGUGGGACCUCUGUCGGGCAGACGGGCCCGCUACUGGGAGACUCCCUCUUUUCUAAGGAGCUGGAGAACAUGGGCAAACAGCUCGCCGAGGUGGAGAAGGAUCUGGCCAAGCUGGCAGAAGUGGGGAAGAUGACCAACUGGAGCUCGAAUAAUCUGCACAGUAGUCUGCUCCACACCCCUCUGCGCCACAGAACACUGCCCGACACGCUUCCUCUCCACAGUCUCGUCUCCAGGCCGCAGUCUCCCGCCAGCAGCCUCUCGGGCAAGCCCUGUGGCGUAGGUCUCCCUUUGCUCAGCCCCAAGCCCACCUCCCUGGUCAUGGGUCGGACUCAAUCUCCCAGCAACCCUGGGAGCAGGACUCAAACCCCCAGGACGCCCAGCAGGCCUCUGACCCCGAAUAGUUUACUGACACGCUCCACCUUUAACACCGGAUCUCAUAAAGAGGUGACCUUCAGGAGGUCGCGGAGCCGCCCUGUGACGCCAACGAGUCAGCCCAUACGUCCCCGACCGCUGCUCACUCCUCCAGGACUAAGCACGACAGACAGCCUCGGUGCCAGCCUACGGGCCUAUCUGUCUGAGGAUGAGUUUUACCAGCAGUUACAGGCCAUCAGGCAGCCCUGGCACAUCCCCAGUGACACAGAGAGUGACAUCCUGGAGCCUCCUGAACAGGAUAAGAGUGGUUCCCGAGAUGGCAGUAAAAGAUCUGUGUUUUCAGGCCUAUAGUGACGGAAGACCAGGGACAUUGAUCCAAUCAAACUAUUAUGCAAACCACUGGACAUUUUGAAUAUGUGUACAGAGACGAUUAUUUUUGUAAUUCACACGAAUGAGAAAAAAGAUUGUAUACUUUUUUUCACAGAUAUUUCAUAGACAUUGUACUGUAACUGUAUGAUAAAAAAAAGUGAAAAUAUGACUUCAGAGGCUGAAAUACAACAUUUAUUUUUGUUUGCUCUAUAGCAUGCUAUUGAACCUCCGUGUGGAGUGUAGAAACAGAUGCAUUUUGUUGUUGACAGAUUCUUUUUCCUGGCCUAGUGCAUAUUCACACUGUGAGGGCAGCACAUCCGUGUUAGGAAAACAUUUAUCGAUACGCACUGUUAAAAGAUGUAGUGAUUUCCAAAUAAUACGCAAGUCGUAGAAGGAACACAAGGAAUGCUGUUAUCUUCAUUAAAAUGA